GAUUGUAUACACCUGUGUCCAUGGAGGGGAUUGGAACACACCUGAAUCACAUGAUAUGGAGGGGAUUGGAACACCUGAAUCACAUGAUAUGGAGGGGAUUGGAACACCUGAAUCACAUGAUUGGGAGGGAAUUGGAACACCUGAAUCACAUGAUAUGGAGGGGAUUGGAACACCUGAAUCACAUGAUAUGGAGGGGAUUGGAACACCUGAAUCACAUGAUAUGGAGGGGAUUGGAACACCUGAAUCACAUGAUAUGGAGGGGAUUGGAACACCUGAAUCACAUGAUAUGGAGGGAAUUUUAACACCUGAAUCACAUGAUAGGGAGGGGAUUGGAGCACCUGAGUCACAUGAUUGGGAGGGCGGGGCCAAAUCUCGGGGCCAUAUACUGUGU